AUGAGGAAUAUUCAACGUAUCUUCAGAGAUAUCAAAUUAUCAAGAUUGUUUGUGGAACUGCCUCUCUUGUCGGUGAAGAUAAGCUUGGCGAUGAUAAUCGCGACUUUCAGAAUGAUCGUGCCGCGUUCCAUGAAACGUUUACUCGGAGAAACCGUUCUCAUCACCGGCGCGGGUCACGGUGUUGGCCGUGAGUUAGCUAUCCAGUUAUCCUCGUUGGGUUGCAUAGUUGUUUGUUGGGACGUCGAUGUUGAGAACAACCGAUCAACCAUGAGAGCUGUGUCGAAAAACGGCGGAGAAGUUUACGGUUUUGUGGUCGAUGUCUCAAAGAGAUUGGAAGUGCGAGAGACGGUGAGAUUGAUGAGAAAACUCGAUGUGCCAGAUGUGACGAUACUCAUUAAUAACGCAGCUGUGUUAUAUCAUAAUCCAUUUUUAAGUUGCGACGCGGACGAUGUGGAAAAGACAUUUAACGUCAACGUGUUCUCAAAUUUCUGGACGAUAGAAGCAUUUCUGCCAACGAUGCUGCAAAGAGGAAGCGGGCACAUAGUGGCGAUGAGUAGUAUGUGCGGUAUUUACGGCGUAUCACAUAAGGUGGCGUAUUGUUCGUCGAAGUUCGCCGUGAGAGGUCUUAUGGAGGCCCUUCACGAAGAAAUUCGCCUCAACGAGAGAAAACCCAACAUUCAUUUCACGACGAUCUAUCCAUUUUAUAUCGACACGGGAUUAGCGAGGGACCCUAAAUACAGAUUUCCUUAUAUCUUCGGUGCGGUGACGGCCGAGUAUGCCGCCCGGGAAGUGAUCAAGGCGAUACGGAGAAAUUACACGGAGCACACGAUACCACGAUGCCUCCUCUCGUUGAAUGCGAUCAACAGGAUUGUUCCAGAGAACGUGAUGCGUCUAAUACUGGACUUCUUGGCAAACGUUAAUCGAAAACAGGCUGAACGGAACGUAGUGAAUUUAUAAUUCAGAUUUUAGCAAUUCGAUGAGAUUGAUUAUACGAGGCCCGAAAAACAUCCAAGUGGAGAUAUAAAAUGUGAAUCGUAUACA